UGUCUGCAGCUGAAACCCUAACAGGGAGCCCUACAACCCGAUCAUCAUGUCAGACGACUUCUGGUAUGAAGGGAUCCCUUUCCCACGGGUCUUCUGUAGUCCUGAACUCCUCAGAAAAGCCCAAGAAGAGUUUGUCAUAAAGGAUGAAGAUGUCGUGACAGUAACUUUCCCCAAAUCAGGAACACACUGGUUGAUUGAGAUUCUCGGCUUGAUUCACUCCAAGGGGGAUACCAAGUGGAUUCAGUCUGUUCCCAUCUGGGAACGCUCACCCUGGAUAGAGACUGAGCUUGGGUUUACAGUAGCAAAUAAGGAGGGCCCACGCUUGCUCAGCUCCCACCUCCCUAUCCAUCUCUUCCCCAAGUCUUUCUUCAGUUCCAAGGCCAAGGUGAUUUAUGUCAUCAGAAAUCCCAAGGAUGUUAUUGUAUCUGGUUAUUUCUACUGGAUUUCAGUGAAUUUCUCUAAGAAACCCAAGUCAGUGGAACAGUUUCUUGAAUGGUUCCUGGAAGGAAAUGUGCCAUAUGGGUCAUGGUUUGACCACAUUCGUGGCUGGGUGUCCAUGAGAGAGAGGGAGAACUUCCUGAUGCUGAGUUAUGAAGAGCUGAAACGGGACACAGAAGGAACUGUGGAGAAGAUCUGUCAGUUCCUGGGUAAGAAGGCAGAGUCAGAAGAACUCAGCCUAAUCCUCAAGAACAGCUCCUUCCAGGCCAUGAGAGAAAACAAGAUGUCCAAUUACUCCCUGCUGGGUGAUGCUUAUUUAGUUCACAAAAACCCACUUCUGAGAAAAGGUAAGAGAAAAUUCUCUGGUUUCAAAAUGUCCCAGAAUACAUGGGGGGCUUUCUUAUGCUUACAACAGGUGCUAACAGCUGAGAUGAAGAAGGGUUUGAACGUAUUCAAUGCAAAUUGCUCACCCCCCAGAGCAUUUCCCCUGUCCCCUCAUUAGGGGGUCUCUUAUCAUGGUGCUGGUGGGGGCUGCAGGCACUUGGAUAAAGUUCAACCAUCAUGAGAUGGUACCUGGGUGAUGAGAAGUUAUUUAGAUUCUCUCUCCUCAAAAUCUGGCACAGGAGGAUGUUCAGGGUGUAAACAGUGACCAGGUUACUUAGCACCUCCUGCCAGGCUUGCAAGCUGUGAUUGAUCUGGGGAAGGAGGACAGAGUUGGGUUGGUCACACAGGAGCUACCCCAUUGGGAAAUUAAUGUAGGAAACUAUCCUUCAGAAAGGCAUGAAUGAAGGAUUGACUUAGCUGGAAAAAGGAGAAGAGAGGCUUUGCUAUCUGACAUGGUGAGGACCCUGUGAUUAAAAGUUGUCCAUGUCCUCUCUUCACUUGGGCUCAAGACAAAUGGAAAUGCAUUUUGUGUGGAAGUCAAGAAUCCAUUUUUUCCAAAAUCUUACACUUCACAUAUAUGGGUAAUGGUGCUUCAUGGAAGGAAGUAAUCAAAUGAUUGUAAGGCAUCAAAGGACCUUGAACAGGUCAGGGCCUCUGCUGCCCCAGCGUCCAGUAGAACAGAGACCAGGAAGGUCAAUCUUAAGCCCUAACAUCUAAUGGAAUUGGUCCUGCUGGAUUGUGUGGAUUGCUGGGGUACCAUGACCUCUUCCUUAUUUCAAAUUACUCUCUUUGGAAUGAGAAGAUUUACACCAUGCCUGUCCCACCAUUUCAUUUUGAAAGCAGGUAACUUGUCUGGUUUCACAGGUUAGCAGCUAGAGAGGAAUUUUACCUCCAAAUCAAUCAUACCUCAGGUCUCACUCAUGCUUCUGUAAGACUUAGGGGAUAUUACAGGAGAUUUUAGGCUUAGAUUUGAUGCUGGAAUAGGUUAGGACUUUGGGACUGCCGAGAUUGUGUGCAUUCUAUGUACUUUGCAUGUGAGAAGGACAAGGACGUUGGGGCGUGGAAGGCAAAGUGACAUGGGCCUUUUAGGGUAGAUCCUAACACAAUAUGCCUGCAUCCUUAGAAGAAGAGGAAACGUGGACACACACACAUACAGACGCAGAGAGGACAUGAAGGAGCAAUGGAUGUUUACAGGGUACCAGUUACAUAGUAGACCUUCUGCUCUAUCAAUUCUACUAUAUUAGUUUAAAUUUUAUAUUUAUGUAAUAUAUAAUUAAAUUAGGUAUAAAUAUCUGUUAUUGUAUAUUACCUAUUUAUUAUCCUGGUUUAUGUAAAUAUUAAUCUGUAUGAUAUACAAAUAAUGAGCCAAGCUUGUAAUAAAGAGUAGGACUUCCAGCAAGAAAACCUUUAGCUUCAAAUUCACACCCAUCAUUUUAACCAUGGAAGCUCUCAGGUCUUUCAGUCUCUUCUGUUCAAAAAAAUGAAAUAUUAGUACCUUGUGUAAUAUUUUUUUCUUUUUUGGUACAGAGUCUCACUCUAUCGCCCAGGCUAGAGUUUAGUGUUGCAACCAUAGGUCACUACAGUCUCAAAUUUCUUGGCUCAAUCAGUUUUCCCACCUCAAUCACUGGAGUUGCUGGGACUACACACACACAAGCCACAACAUGCAGCCUAUUGGUUCUUAUUUUUAGUAAGGGUGGGGGUCUCCCUAUGUUGCCUAGGAUAGCCUUGAACUUCUGGGCUCUCGCCAUUCUCCCAGCACAGCCACCCUGCUAACUAGGAUUACAGGCCUGUGUCACCAUGUCCCGCCUUCAUUUCUUUAUUCUUUUAUUCAUUCUUUCAACAAGUAUUCCUUUAGUACUUACUAUAUGUCUGUCCUUCUUUGAAACAUUAAAUAUUUCACAAUUGCAAAUAAAAGUUAAGACUUCAUAAAAUUUAGAUAUAAUAUAUUACAGAAACAUGCUCCACACACAGCCACAAAGCAGAAACGCAUAG